AUGGUGCAGGGCUUCGCCUACGAACAACCCAAGGAGGAGGAGCUUUCACUAGUUAGAAGGAUGGUGCUUCAGUCUGAUAACGCCACCUGCAACCACAACACACUGUUGCCUUCGAUUCCUCCUUCCUGGGUAUUAUCAAAGGAAGUGCUAAAGUCAUGGGUAAAAGAAAGCAAUAACUGCGUCAUACCAACACCGGCAGUGGAAGGCCUCAGUUCACAUUAUUGGGUACUAAAUUAUAAUGUGGAGCUUGUACACAACCGAGAACGGCUCUUUGGGCUUGCGAAACAAGUUGAAUCAAUGGACAGGCAACUGAAGCGAACAGUAGAGAUGAGCGCCGAUUCGGCGAGAAUAAGGAGGGAUCUCCGACAGCUUGAGAUCCGUUGUACUGCAGUUGCUCGGCCCUCGCUCCCACGGCUUACGAGUACCCAAGUCGUCGAAGAAGGAAGUCUAGGAGAAUACUCUGACGUAAAGGAGAGGAUGAAGAAGAGACUAUAUGCUUGGAAAAACAAAGUCGCGGAGAGCUUGAAGAUAACAACGAGACGGCGGCGUCACCAACCUCGCCCUCUUCCUGAGCAACAGGCAGCCCUUGUUGAUUCACGGGACAUUGUAUCUUAUGCUAUUCGAAAAACCUUACAGCUUCAAUCCACUGGAGAGAAUGCAGUUACGGACGAGGGACAUGACGUUCAAUGCAAUCAACGAGUGCUUUCGGAUAUCGACGAAGGCGUUCAGAUACCAUUUGAGCUCCUUUCCGAAUGA